GGACACAUCUUUAACAAUCGUUAUGGGCGACAUUACCAUCCUUUCAAUUACAUUCUCUUAUUUUCUUUGUCCACCUGCUUCUGCCUCUAGAAUGUUAUAUUGCUUGCAUCCACUUUAUAUCAUUGUGAAGAAGAUACGAAUUAGGAGUUGCCUUGAUAUGGCGAGUCUUAAAAUAUGACCCUCAACAUCGCCUCAUGUCUGGGCUUAAUAUGGGGCACAUCGAGAUCCCACAUCGACUUCGUUUUCGACGCCACCUGGCUAUCGAGUUCGUUGCUAGAAAGCAUGGUCUCCGAGUCUAGCCCUUCUACCAGGGCAGCUGUCCCUACCAAAGACCAGUACCACCACUACAUUCCCAGAUUUAUCCUGCGACGCUUCCAGGUCGGUCCCAGGAAGUAAGUGUCAUAAUGUUGCCCUAGUAUUUUCAUGUAAACAAGCCCCAGGACGAAAGCAGAACG